CGGGCCUGGGCACAGAGUGCGUUGAUGCUCGGCAUCAUGGUGGGGAAUUUCAUGUUUUCGCAUAUCUCUGAUUGGUAUGGUCGUAGAACGACGUGCCUCUCCUCCAAUUUAUGCAUUCUCGGAGGCGGCAUAGCGUGCUCUUUGGCGCCAUCGUUCCCGAUCUGGAUUUCCACGAGGAUGGUCACAGCUUUUGGACUGGGUGGGAACCAAAAUGGACCCAUAACCUUAAGUAUGGAGUCGACGAACCCAAAAGAGAGAGCCCUCCUGGCUCUGGGGGCGAAUUUCGGCUGGGUUAUGGGUAUGAUAAUCCUUCCUGUUUUCCCUCUCUUCAUCCACGAUUGGAGGUUUUUCCAGUUUGCAAUUAGUCUCUCGUCGAUACCUAUGUUAGUAUUGAUCUGGCUGGUAGACGAAUCGCCGCGAUGGUUGAUCGCGAUGCGUAAGGUAGACCAAGCAAAGACCGUUUUGACGCGGAUUCUGGUCCGAAGCGACAUGCAGGAAAUGACUGACGACCUCGAUGAGAUUCUGUCGAGGGCUCUUGCUGAACAGAGUAGAGCGACUCUAGCCGAGUCCAGAGUGACACUGGCGAAUCUGUUCGAAGCGUGGACGCCUGCCAUAACGACAUCGAUCUUCUUCAUUCUCUUCCCGAUAAGCACGUUUGUCUAUUACAAUCUUUUGUAUGCCAUCCUAGCUCUGGACACGGAUGGUUUAUUCGCAAAUCAACAGUGGGCUGGGAUUUUCGAAAUUCCCACCCUCAUCCUGAUUUAUCCCUCCGUGAAGUACUUCAAUCGGAGAACUUUGCACUGCUUCACAAACUCUGUAACCGUCAUCUGCUGCGCGCUUCUCUCCAUGUAUCCGGACGCCGAUUCUGUGACCCUUAUGAUCUUGGCAACGCUCGCCAAAACUGGGGUCCAGAUCGCUUCCUCUGUUCUAGGCAUUCACGUUAAUGAGAUAUACCCUACGAGAAUGAGAGGUUUAGCGCUCGGGUCCUGUGUCACAGCGUCCCGUAUUGGGUCCAUACUUUCACCAUUCUCGCACGAACAAGAUGUCUUCGACGAAAACAUCCUGAAUUCAGUGGCGUCGCUCGUGGCCUUGAUGCUGUCUACUCGAUUGAAGGAAACCUAUGGCAAACCGCUGCCCGACAAAUUCGAGGACAGCCAGGAUGAACAAGACAAGGUCUCACACCGGAGGAUAUGUGACUGCUGA